UCAAAAGUAACCCAAAACAAUAACACUACAGUCAAAAUAAUUAAGGGAAUUCAAUUAACAAUUGAAUAUAAGAUAUUUUAAAACUAGAUCUAGUUAUGAACAUUUUGUAAGCGUUUAAUUUCAACUCGAUAGUAGAUAACCGCCUCUUUAACAUUCAAUAUGACAGAAGUCCAGUUGCAGGAGUUUAAGUUAGAUCCCGAUUCUGAACUAAGAUUUGAAGUGGAAUCGAAGAAUGAAAAAGUUGUUUUAGAGGUUAAGAGCGGCUAUGCUGAGUUAUUUGGUACAGAAUUGGUCAAAGGAAAACCAUAUGAGUUCCAUACGGGUGCAAAAGUUGCUGUCUUUACGUGGCAUGGAUGUACUGUUGAGCUAAGGGGCCGUACUGAAGUCAGUUAUGUAGCAAAGGAGACACCAAUGGUUAUUUAUUUAAAUGUUCAUGCUGCAUUAGAACAGCAGAGAGUGGCUGCAGAACAAGAGAACACUAGGGGACCAGUCACAAUGAUAGUAGGGCCUGGAGAUGUGGGCAAAUCUACAUUGGCAAGGAUUCUUUUAAACUAUGCAGUAAGAAUGGCAAGGAGGCCUAUAUUCGUUGAUCUGGAUGUGGGGCAAGGACAAAUAAGUGUUCCAGGAACUAUAGGUGCACUACUUGUGGAGAGGCCAGCUUCAAUUGAGGAAGGGUUCAGCCAACAGGCCCCGCUGGUGUACCACUUUGGUCAUAAGGGACCUGGUGAAAAUCUUGAAUUAUACAACACUAUUGUGUCUCGCUUAGCUGAAGUUAUAGCGGAAAGAUGUGAGAAUAAUAAAAAAGCAUCAACAUCUGGAGUAAUAAUCAACACCUGUGGUUGGAUAAAGGGUGCUGGCUAUAAAGUACUAACGCACGCCGCUCAAGCUUUUGAAGUGGAUGUGAUCCUGGUGCUGGACAACGAGCGACUGUACAAUGAGCUGAAGAGGGACAUGCCCAAGUUCGUCAAAGUAGUCUACUUGCCGAAGAGUGGAGGAGUCGUAGAGAGAUCCAUAUCACAGCGGGCUGAGCUGCGCGAUGCUCGAAUACGCGAGUACUUCUACGGAAAGAGAACCCCCUACUAUCCGCAUUCCUUUGAUGUUAAAUUCACAGAUUUGAAAAUAUUCAAGGUGGGCGCGCCGUGCCUUCCGGACUCGUGUAUGCCCCUGGGGAUGCGUGCGGAAGAGGCGCUCACCAAGCUGGUGGCGGUGACUCCAUCUCCAGCGCUGCACCACCGGCUGCUGUGUGUCUCCUUCGCGCAGCCCGGAGACGAGCUGGCGCUGCACUGCAACCUGGCCGGCUUUGUCUGCGUUACCGCGGUGGACAUGGAGCGGCAGACCCUCACGAUCCUGUCUCCACAGCCGCGGCCGCUGCCCAACACUAUCCUGCUGCUUUCUGAGCUGCAGUACAUGGACAACCACUGACCAUCAGCAACCAACUACUUACCAACUCCACCAGUCGGGGAGGCUCUUUGCACACACGAUGCCGGCUAGAUUAUGGGCGCCUAUUUCUGCCGUGAAGGAGUAAUGUGUACGCAUUACUGUGUUUCGGUCUGAAGGGCGCCGUAGCUAGUGAAAUUACUGGGCAAAUGAGACUUAACAUCUUAUGUCUAAAGGUGUCGAGCGCAAUUGUAGUGCCGCUCAGAAUUAUUGGGGUUUUCAAGAAUCCUGAGCGGUACUGCACCGCUCGUCUCGUCCCUUAUUUUCAACUCAAAAAAUCGCAAUCGAUCGUAGCUUCAGACUGCUGAGAACGUGCUAAAAGAACAGCGUGCACAGUCGUGUCCAUUACAGUUCAAGGACGCGUGACAUCCCGACUAUGAUAUUGUAACAAAUCGUAUUACAUACAUAACGCUAAUUUGGACGAUAAACUCUUUCAUUUCAUGUUACAUUGCGUUAGUCUACGCCGCACAUUUUAACUCUCAUGUAUAUUGAUAUUGUAUUGUACAAUUUUUUUUGAAGUUUUACUUCUUUUUCUAGAAAUUUAAGAUGCGCGUGCAUCACCGUAACACAAAAGUAACAGGUUAAAGUUGGUUACUAAAAUGUUCUGACGUUUGCGUCAUGCGUUAUUUUUUUGUUUCUUCGUCCAUUAUUAGAACAGGCAAAGGGUUCAAGCCCAUACAGCUAUAUUCAUUAUAAUUAAUUGUCAAAGCCAUCUUUGCAAGAUUUUUACAAAAUUGUUCUUUCUCAAAACGUAGCACGAGGAAUAAAUCAUUUUAAUGAUUUUUGCUUCUUUAGGCCAAACAAGUAUAACUUAAUUUUAUAAAUUAAUAUUUUGUUUUACUUCAGUCGUGUGG